AUGUCUUCUUCAUCUAAUCCAGUUACUCCUCAAAAUUCAACUCAAUUUCCUAAUACAUCUGAUCCAAUAUAUCUACAUCCAUCAGAUCAUCCUGGUAUGCUACUUGUUUCUAACAAAUUUGAUGGAUCGAAUUUCAAUUCAUGGAAGAAAGGCAUGAUGAUUGCAUUAUCAGCUAAGAACAAGAUCGGCUUCGUCAAUGGUAAAGUUCUCAAACCAGCUUCAGAUCACAAUUCUUUCGAUAAUUGGCAAAGAUGCAAUCAUAUGGUAACUUCUUGGAUACCUAAUGUCUUAUCAAAUGAUAUUGGCGAAUCUGUUCUCUAUUCAUCUUCUGCCAAAGCAAUUUGGGAUGAUUUAGAUGACAGAUUUGGACAAUCAAAUGGAGCAAAGUUAUAUCAUCUCCAAAAGGAGAUUUUUGAUUUGAAUCAAGGAUCUGAUGACCUAGCUACUUAUUUCACCAAGUUAAAGAAACAAUAG